AAUCAUUUAGCUUAGAACUUGCCUGGUAGUUUAUAUUGAAGAUUUAAGUAGACUGCUUAAUUGUUCUUCUUCAAUCAUUUUACUUAGGAUAUGCUUUUCUUUCACAUUUUCAUACAUUGGUUUCAAGGUUAGUACUUAUAUAGUUAAAAUGUACCAUUUGCCUUCAAACUUAUAUCAAUUUUCCUUCUUUACUGUCCUUGUUCUCUUCUCUUGCAGCCUACUUUCUCUGAGAUAAAUUCUAUUCCAAAGUUUGUAGUGUCAGUGUUUCCACUGUUUUCAUAUACAUUCUCAGCUAAAAGUUUCAUAUCAGACACUGCAGAAAUUCUGGUUUGUUGCAAGAUAGAAAAGCAAUGAAUAUUCUUACACAGAAACCCCAUUUGAAGUUACUACUACGUUUUCAUCUUUUUCUGCUUCAACUAUACUGCUUCUAUUCUUAUUCCACACCUAUGAACUGUACCGAAACAACCCGUGUUUGCACUUCAUUUUUGGCCUUUAAGCCUCAAUCAAACCAAACCGUAGAACUGAUACAAAGCAUGUUUGAUGUGUUACCAACUGACAUAACUAUUGAAGGCAAUGGCUGGGAUUAUGUGUUCAUCAGAAAAAACUGUUCUUGUGCUUAUGGGGUGAACAAGUAUCUAUCUAACACCACUUUUACAUUGAAAUCCAAUGAAGGGUUUGUAUUUGAAAUCGUGAUGGAUGCCUAUGAUGGCCUUGCUUUCUUUCCAAACACAACUCGUUGGGCUAGAAAAGAUUCUGUCAUACCAUUGAACUUGUUCUGUAGCUGCUCCACUGGAUUGUGGAACUAUUUGGUGAGCUAUGUUAUGAGAGAUGGAGAUAGUAUUGAAUCAUUGGCAAGCCGGUUUGGGGUUAGUAUGGAUAGCAUUGAGACAGUAAAUGGUAUCGACGAUCCGGAUAGUGUUAAUAUUGGUUCUCUCUAUUACAUACCUCUAGAUUCUGUUCCUGGUGAGCCUUAUCAACUGAAAAAUAAUUCUACUCCAAUUCCUGUCCCUUCCCCAUCUGUUUAUAACUUAUCAGCUACUCAUGUACAUGCUCAUGUACCUUAUGGAUGGAUGAUAGGAGGUUUAGGGGUUGGUCUUGCGCUGAUAAUAUUAAGCAUGAUUCUGUGUAUGUCUCUAAGACAUAAUGGAAAAGAUGUUGAAAACAACAUUUAUCAUAAAUUGUGCAUCCUUAGGAAUCCAGGUUUGUUAUGUGGUUCUGGAAGAUACAUAUGCGGCAAACAUGCAGUCAAGAAACAAAACGAUGGUGAAUCCAGCAACCACCAAAUUACCGUUCCGGCUGCUUCAACUCUAGGGCCUGAUGUAUUUUACAUGGAUAAGCCUAUGGUUUUUACAUAUGAAGAAGUUUUGUACUCAACUGAUGGUUUCUCUGAUUCAAAUCUGCUUGAACAUGGAACAUAUGGUUCUAUUUAUUAUGGUCUCCUUCGUGAGCAGGAAGUUGCAAUUAAAAGAAUGACAGCUACUAAAACUAAAGAAUUUGUGUCAGAGAUGAAAGUUCUGUGCAAGGUUCAUCAUACAAAUCUGGUAGAAUUGGUCGGCUAUGCAGCUAGUCAUGACGAGCUUUUCCUUAUUUAUGAAUAUGCUCAAAAGGGUUCACUUAGCAGCCAUUUGCAUGAUCCUCAAAAUAAGGGUAAUUCAUCACUUACUUGGAUAACAAGGGUUCAGAUUGUGCUUGAUGCUGCCAGAGGCCUUGAAUAUAUACAUGAACAUACAAAAUCUCGUUAUGUUCAUCAAGCUAUCAAGACAAGCAACAUUUUACUUGAUUCUUCCUUUAGAGCCAAGAUAUCAGCUUUUGGGUUAGCAGAACUUGUAGGUAACACAAAUGAAGAAGAAACCAGAACCACCAAUGUUGUCAGUGCAUAUGGAUAUCUUGCUCCAGAAUACUUGUGCAAUAAUGGACUUGCGACGAUCAAGAGUGAUGUCUACGCAUUUGGUGUUGUUCUUUUUGAGAUUAUAUCCGGGAAGGAGGCCAUUGUUCAAGUACAAUGUUCGGAAAGACAAUCACUGGCAUCUACUAUGUUGGGUGUUCUUAGGAAUGUACCUGAUUCCACGAGCAUGUCAAGGAUGAAAGAUCACGUUGAUCCUAUUAUGAUGGAUAUGUAUCCUCGUGAUUGUGUAUUUAAGAUGGCCAUGCUGGCAAAGCAAUGCGUGGAUGAAGAUCCCAUUUUACGUCCUGAUAUGAAGCAAGUUGUGAUUUCCCUCUCAGAGAACCUGCUGUCUUCUGUUGAAUGGGAAGCAACUCUAGCUGGGAAGAGCCAAGUUUUCAGUGGGCUUAUUCAGGGAAGAUAAUUUCCACACCUGGAUCCUUCUCAUUCAUGACUUAAACAAUAUCUUUUACCCCCUUACCGUUCUUUAUAAAUCCCACUUUCUUUUUAAAUAGAUAGAUAUGUUGAAUCAAAUAGGCUAUAGGAACAUAGACUUGUAAUUGACUUGAUGGGGGUUGAUGUCAAUUUUUGGCCAUGUGACUUGGUAUAUUAACUAUGUUCAAUUGCAUUUCAUUGGUUAGAGAAUUUCACAUGUUGUGUCAGAAUGUAUACACGGCAAUGGAAUUGAGGAAGGAUUUUUGUGCCAUGA